CCAAACACAUCAUUCUCAGGUUUUUCUCUGUAUAUUAUAUUUAAUGGCAGGGAGCUGAUGUUAGUCACUGCAGUAGUAGAGAUGGAGAAAUUCAAAUAUCACACGCGGGUCAAAAAUUACAACAAGGUGAAACUUUAACUUUUUCUUCUCCGGAGUUCUGGGUACACGUCAUAUACACCAUAGUCCUUAGUAAAUCGAUUUCUACGUAUUCGAUCACACGCGGUUGUAGACACCAUUCACUCGUCAGCAUGUUCAAAGCCCGCCUGAUUGUUUUUUGCACGGCCCUCGUAAUUAUUUUUCCAGUCCACGUGUUUGCUGAUAAAGAGAAAAAUAUUUUUUUUACUAAUUUUUCACCAGAAUCAAGAGAGAUUACGUAUCCGUGCAAAUGUCAAGAAAGCAAAUGCAGCUGUUGUAGCGGAAACAUACUUCAAAACUUUAACCUUAACAUACGACAACGAUUGUGCACUAACAUAACAUACAACGCCGAUGACUUCGAAUUUAACGUCCGCAUAUUAUUCAAUGAUUAUACGGUGUACAAUAGAGAUAUAUCAGGUAGAAAUCCACGACCCAUAUGCGUACCGAUUUUUCCACCCGCCUGGACCAGGAGUAGGGUGUGUUUGAAAUUCAGCAAUGUGUACUUCGUGGGCCGCAACGUUCAUGUGUGUUUGAGCAUGGAAGCACAAACCGAGAAAAAACCUGUGUUUAAUGUAGACUUCAACUGCGUCCGGAUGGGCACCCAGGGCGUAGCGUUGCUAAAACCAGAAGAUGGUGGUGGUCUAGUGCCACCAAUACCUCAAGAUCCAGCUGAUGCUCAAGCUGGAGGAACGACGACGGAGUCUGCGUGAUGGCUGAUCCAACUAAAAAAUAAAACUAAGCCACCUCACACAUAAGUUUUUCAAAAACUUGAUUUGGAUAGUUAAAUACAAUAAUAUACAAUAUGAUUCACUAAGCAUGCGCUCUCCCAAGUUUUUAAUUAAUAAUGAAUAAUUUAAAGUUCGAAAUUUUGGAAUGUUUAACUAUGUUUUCAAAUUAUUGAGAUUUUUUUAUAAUAUUUAAAAAGUGUUCUAUGGCGUUACAAACUUCUAUGUUUUAAUUGAAAACCUCCAUUUUUCUUCUGUAAGCUAUGUAGUGGAUAACAAUUGUUAUAAAAAUAUUGAAGAAUAUAAUUCAAAAUUCAACCAAACAGUUUUU